AUGGGAGGUUGGUGAGAGGAGUGGGGGUUGGUAGAAUAAGUUCAAACCAAACUCCCUAUAUUUUAUAUAUCCACUCUAUUUCAACCUUCUUCGCACAAAAAUUCACCUUCUCUUUCGUUCGUUCGUUCUCAGAUUGAAGCUUAAAUCAAGUUUUCAUCAACAUCUCUUUCUAAUUCGCUGCUCUCAAAUUGACUGAAUCCGCAUAUCGAUCUCAAUUGACUAGCUGUUGUUGUUGUUGUUGUCAGCAAUUCCUUUUGUUAAAUUCGGCAAGCUAAUAAGAAGAGCUGCUUGUGAAGGCUCUUCAUAUUUAUACCAAUCUUGAUUUGUUGGAUUCCUACGCACAUAAGGAAUGGAGGCUAAACUUUUACAGAGCUUGCACUUGACAACAUGGACCGGUUCAGACAGCGUGUUUCCAAAACCGAACAAUUCCAUGGGGUUAUCUACAAGGUUUGAGAGGAAGAGAAGGGUUAAUAUGCUUAAAUGCAAUCUUGUGCAAACUGUAAAACCAGUGACUGGGCGUAGAGCGUCAGGGUUAAAGGUUUCAUGUGCUUCUCAGAACUCUCCAGCUUCAGUGCUUGAAUCUGAAACAUUUACCACAGAGGAAGAUCUGGUAUUAAAGAAGAAGUCUGAGGAGAUUGAGCCAUGUCUGAGCGGAAGGUGUAUUUAUCUUGUAGGAAUGAUGGGAUCCGGCAAAACAACAAUUGGCCAGAUCUUGGCUGAGGUGCUCGGUUAUUCUUUUUUCGACAGUGAUAAAUUAAUAGAGCUGUCUGUUGGCGGAACUACAGUUGCCGACAUCUUUAAGUUGCAUGGUGAGGCCUUUUUCAGAGAUAAUGAGACCGAAGUAUUGCAUAAGCUGUCAACAAUGCAUCGGCUCGUUAUAUCUACCGGUGGGGGUGCUGUUGUUCGGCCUAUCAAUUGGAAAUACAUGCACAAGGGUAUUAGUGUCUUUAUAGAUGUCCCUUUGGAUGCAUUAGCACAAAGAUUAACUGCUGUAGGUACUGCGUCUCGCCCGCUUUUGCAUCAUGAAUCUGGCGACGCUUACACACAAACGUUGAAGAAACUAUCAAAACUUUGGGAAGUUAGGAGUGAAGCUUACAGCAACGCCCAAGUUAGGGUCUCGUUAGAACGUAUUGCAGCCAAGUUGGGACAUGGAGAUGUUUGCUGCGUUAAUCCAACUCAAAUUGCAAUUGAGGCGCUCAUCCAAAUCGAGGACUACUUGAAGAAAUGAAGCCAAAAUUAUAAGUUUGACUUGCAUGUGUUGUGCAAUUAGCCUUGUUUUGUUGUUGAAUGGUUCUUUGUGUUUUAUACCGGUUGUGGAGUAGCUCAUUUUCAAUAUGUACCAUUUGUUUUAGUAUAAAACAAUAAAAAAAAGGUUUUUGCAGUCU